GGUUGAUGAAAGAGCGAAGCGGAAACUGCCAUGUUCGACAGGGACAAAGAUAUUAAUUUAUUUUUCAUCCUUCUUCGGUGACAUUCUAUUUACAACCAUGGUGUAAAUCUUUAAGUUAACCAUUCAAUAAAAUAAGAAUUAAAAAAUAGUGCUUGGGAAAAAUGCAUGACGGGUAAUGAGUGAAGGACCAGGGAAAACAUGGCGGCGUCCUCUUCAGCAGGACGCGUUUUGACUCUUUGCAACCACUUUAAAAAUAUCUGCAGGAUAACCCCAGCGAUAAAUGCUCAGAAAUGUACUGCCACAUUAAGCCAAUACCAGUCUCACCUGUACAGGUAAGGGUUGUCGCAAAGACUGAAACACGAGGAAUAAGAAACGUUGAAGUUACGAUGUUAGUCGCUGACGCGGCUGCUGCUUUUUAGUAUUUAAACAGAGACGUUUGUAAAGUCAGGCCAUACUGAAUCACAACCCCAUAAAGUUAAGGUUUGGGAAUUUGUUUUUCAGUUGCUGUAUCGAUUAUGUAGAAGAUGUUUGAUAAUGUAUUGCGACAGGAAGACGUCUCGCGCUUGUAAAGGUGUUUCGGUUUAAAGUGUGACCCUGUUACCUGGCUCCUGUAAGCACUCUGUAUCCACGACAACCAGCGAGACACUUGGCUGAAGUCCGCCAGUUAACAGGGUCACACUUUAAACCGAUACACCAUUUGAAAUGACAAUGAAUUCAGAUGCAGUCAACACUAUUAGCCUUGUUUUGAGAUGUUUGUAUGUAUUUCCUAGGGUCAAUUCUCCACUCCUGACACAGUCAUUAUCCAGACCCAUCAGCUCUGUGGCUCAAUGUCGAGCUCUGCACACCAGCAUCAGCAGAAGAGGACUGGACGAGUUCUUUGACCUCCCUGAGAACUGGGGAGAGUCAACUGUAAAGUCAGGUAAAAACACCGAUGUACUCUGUGUGUUACUGAUGCACUUUAAAUGUGCGUAAGACAGUGUGCUGACAUCUUUCUGACAUUUCAUGGCUCUUUAGGCUCAUCGUGGACUGCCAAACAACUGAGGGCAAAGAGCAACGAGGAGCUACAUUCACUCUGGUACUUAUGGUUUAGAUGCAUUCAUUAUUCACACUCUUAACACCUGUCAUCAGACUUGUAUAUCACUCUAAUUUUCUCCCAGGUAUGUGCUAUUGAAAGAGAGGAACAUGCUACUAACUCUUGAGCAGGAAGCGAAAAGGCAAAGGCUUCAGAUGCCAAGUCCAGAAAGACUAAAGAAGGUUGGUAUGACUCCAGUGAGAUUUCCAUCAGUACUAUAGCAAUAAUGAAACACACCUCAGCAUGGGAUCAGUGUCAGGAAAAACUGCAAUGAUUGACUCAUCUUAUUCUGGAUUUGGGUAAAUCUUAUUUUCUCUGCAUCCAGGUGGAAAGGUCCAUGUAUAGACUGGAUACGGUGGUGACUGAGAGAGAGACUGCACUGCGUUUACUGCAGACAGGACAAGAAAAAGGCAGACCAGGAGACUGGAGGAGAAAUAUAUUUGGAUAUGUGUACUGGUGGGUGCAGAGUGGCCAUAUACUGAGUGUACCAACAUAUAGGGAAAUGCAGCUGUCACAUCAGACAUCCUGUGGGGUAUUUUACCUUGAAUAGCUGGUUGUUUACCAUGUUCUCCUGAAAAUAACUUAAAUAACUGGUAGGGUUAAGUUAUUGGUGUGGUCAGGCUUUGGAAAGUGCACGUCAUAUACACGCUUUUCUGCUUAUCUCAGGUAUCGAUUCAAAGAAUACGCCAUUCCUUGGUUCAUGAACACAAGGUACAAGAUGAAGCGGUUCUACACCCCCAAGUUUGUUGAGCCACACAUAAGGUAAGAUAUAGAAUUUGAAAAAAAAAGUGAGUUUUUUUCGACAUAAAUAAGUGAACAUCUCAAGAUUUUAACAUUUUUCCAAACUUCUCUGUCCCACAGGCUACGAAUCGAGAAGCACCUUCGCAUAAGGGCCAAGAAAAGGACAUUGGAGAAGGACACACGGGCCAAACUCAAAGAGAAGUUUCCUCAGAUGAAAGUUCCUGCAUCAUGAAACCGGACCAGUUCGUGACUGUUUUUGAAGACUUGGAGCCUGACAUCAUUUCAGACACAAAACCAGGCGAUGGUCAUGUGCUUUAUGGUCUUUACUUGGCUCAUGUCAGUUCAGUUGCAGAGGUCUUUAAACUGUUGUCCUGUUUAUAUUCUGGGCAUAUUUAUGAAACUCUUAUUUGGCCCUUAAGGAUAAAUGAUGCUUCAUCACAAUUAAAUGUUUGGUCACUGUUUUCAUACUAAAUAUUAAACACACCCCAUAAUCUGA